AUGGAUUUCUCAAAGAAGUUUGAAACAGCUCCCGAAUGCUGGAUCAAUACCCGCAUCUGGCCCUGUUCAGGUACAGAUCGCAAGCCUAUGCUGGUCCUCCUCCACUAUUGGGGUGGCUCAACAGAAACAUGGCAUAGACUCACUGAUCGGGACUCACCGACAUCGCUUAGCGCCGUCUAUCCCACCGUUGCGAUCGAUCUCCGUGGCUGGGGAGAGUCGAGUGACCAGCCGUCCAGCAUAGAGAAUUCCUUCCAACCUUUUUCAAUCAAAUCAAUGGCCUCAGAUGUGAGCAUGAUCUUGCAGAAGAUGAGAUCCGAUGCGGACACGAAGGAUAUGUUCGACCACGGCUUCGUUCUAGUUGGACAUUCCAUGGGAGCGAAAGUUGCUCUCACGACUGCCAAUGACCUGAACCAGCUUCUCCCUGAGCUAAAGGGAUUUGUCCUCAUUGCACCAGCACCAGUGACGCCAAUGAUUUUGCCCCGCGAGAUUAUUGAGCUACGACAGACUGCGUACGACUGCGAAGCAUCUGUUCGGGGUGCUAUGGCGCAUGACCUCGCCCAGAAGGGCAUGCUAUCGCCCUCUGACGCUGACUUGGUAGUUCGAGGUAGCUUGAGGGGACAUCCUUUGGCCAAAAAGUCUUGGCCUGCUUAUGCGAUGCAGGAGGAUGUUUCUGAGGCUGUGAGGGGUGCGCUGGGACAAGUGCGACAUGGCAACUCACCACUCAAGGCAGUCGUGAUUUAUGGUGAGAACGAUCCUGUUGAGCCACAGGAGCGAGUGAUGGGUGAAGUUGUUCCUUUCCUGGAGAAGUGUGGAGUUGAGAUCGUCAGUGCGUGUGGCGCCAGGAAUGUGAAGCACCUUAUACCUCUCGAAAGCCCAGAAGUAAUUUAUGAUCAGAUCUGUCGCAGAUUCUGA